AUGGGCACCGUAUCCUCCAUAGCACAGACGGAUGGUCCAGCGCAUAGUUCUAGGUCUGUGAAAGACCACCAGACAAAAACACCUCUCUUACCAGCGGGCGCUUUCGACACCCAUGUCCACGUCUUCGACCCCAAGCUGGGUCCAUAUGCCCCAGGUCGAGCAUACACACCGGAAGAUGCUCCUCUAUCAAGUUUGAUUGCUUUCAAUGAACAUCUAACACAAGACGGUCAGGUGGGGAAUCUGGUCCUCGUACAGCCAUCACCAUACAAGACCGAUUGCACGGUAUUAUUGAAAUGCUUACGGGACUUACAAAGCCGUAACAUCAAUGGACGUGCUAUUGUGGUUAUUGAUCUGGAUAAUGCGACGGAUCGUGCCUUGCAGGAGAUGCAUCAGCUCGGUGCACGAGGGAUACGCUUGAAUUUCCAAGCGGACGGUCGUGAAGUCAACCUAACUGAGCUGGCGCAUCUUCUAUACAAAGCGGCCCGUCGCAUUCAGCACCUUCCAGGUUGGAUGGUUCAGCUGUACGUUCCUGUCUGGGUAUGGGAUGCUCUAUAUGAUUCUAUCCUCGAGCUGCCUGUCCCCGUCAUAGCUGACCAUGUGGGAGGAGCAUUGGGCCGGUCGAAGUUGCCGCCGGAAUUCCAAGAAUCGCCCUUAUCGCAGCCUGGCUUUUCAUCUCUUACAUCCCUAGCGAAGCAAGGGCGUGUUAUCGUGAAGAUAUCUGGCCUGUAUCGUUGCUCCAGCGACUCCGUCUCUGCUUACAGUGACAUGAAACCCAUCAUCGAGUCACUGGCCCGUGAGGUCCCAGAUCAGUUGGUCUGGGGCAGUGACUGGCCACAUACGGGAGACGGAGCGGCUCGCCUGAAGAAUCCGGAUAUCGAUAUGAAAGAAGGGUUUCGUUCGAUUGAUAAUCUUGGGAUCUACGAAGUCUGA